CUGUCACUGUCAGUCGGUAAAAAUAAAUUGUUGUGAUUUUGUGUUUGAGGACUUCGUCGUGAUUUUAGUUUUACUUUUAGAUCAACUAACAAUAUUAUUGAUCAAUCAUCAAUCUCUCAGUAAAACAAACAAAAAAUCAUCAAAAUGAAUAGACUAUUUGGUAGGGGCAAACCGAAAACCCCUGGUCCCAGCAUAACUGAAUGCAUAAGCAAUGUGGAUGGCCGUGCGGAUAACAUAGAGCAGAAAGUCCAGAAACUAGAUGCGGAACUAAGGAAAUAUAAAGACCAAAUGUCAAAAAUGAGGGAGGGUCCUGCUAAAAAUUCUGUAAAACAAAAAGCUAUGAGGGUAUUAAAACAGAAAAAAAUGUAUGAACAGCAACUUGAGAACUUACGUGCUCAAUCCUUCAACAUGGAGCAGGCUAACUAUGCUACACAGACUCUGAAGGACACCCACUCCACCAUUGCUGCCAUGAAAGAUGGUGUCACCUCAAUGAAAAAAGAAUUUAAGAAAAUUAACAUUGAUGAUAUUGAGGAUGUGAAUGAUGAUUUGGCGGAUAUGUUGGAACAAGCGGAUGAAGUGCAAGAGGCGUUGGGUCGUCAGUACGGCAUGCCAGAGAUUGAUGACGAUGAACUGGCAGCUGAACUUGAUGCUUUAGGUGACGAGAUAGCCCUUGACGGUGACACCUCAUACCUGGAUGACGUCAUAAAAGCCCCAGCAGCACCGGACAAGGAGCCCGGCGCUGACAGCGUAAGGAACAAAGAUGGCGUCCCGGUAGACGAGUUUGGGUUACCCCAAGUCCCCAACCCAGCGCAGACCUCACGUUAAUAGUCACCCAUUUACUUUGCUUCUGUGGUGUUUCAUUAGAUGCUGUGGCGUUCACAAGGUAAUUUUCUCUUGUAAUUUGUAUAUUUUUUUAAUAUAACUCAAUAGUUGAUCAGAUAGGCUUUGUUCUGCCAAGAAUGACAUCCAUAUAAAUUGGUUAAAAGUUGUGAUUUGCGAAUAUUAUUCAAACGGGUAUAAAACAAAGAGAUGUUUAAUGUCGAUAUUUCGACCCAGUUGCAUGGAUCGUGGUCACGACGGGACUGAAGUAUUUGAGAUACGAAGUUGACAUCAACUGUUAGGGGCAGAACCGAUCUACCCUCUUUUUUUGUUCUUUUUUUAUUAUUGUGGUAUGUAUCUAUGUAUCCGUUUAAAUAAUAUUCGUAAUGAACAACCACGAAAUAAGUUUAAAAUCAUUUGUCGUGAUUUAGUACACAAGAACAUAUAAGAUAAAUAAUAAUAUAUAAUUUAUCUUAUAUGUUCUUUAAUAUGUAAUUUAUAAAAAUCAGGUCUUGUUGUUUGUUUCUAUAACACCUUACAACCAAUAUAUUAGAGUAAACAAAAGUUAAAAUUGUUCAUACCAUUUUAUAGUUUUAUCGGGACUAACAAACAGAACUUUGAAUAGACAUUAAUAUAAUUAUAAAAUGUCAAUAUAAAAUAUUUCGAUAUAAAUUUAGUUUUAUGAUUUUAGGGUAAUAUUUCCAUACAAUAGCAAUUUAUACAAAUACUUUUUUGUUUAGUUUUUAAAAUAAAAAUUAAACUAAAUGUAGUUCAAACUACACGAUCAGUGCUUCUGAUUCUAUCAAAAUUUGCUUAACCAUUUUCAUAGUUUUAAUUAGCCAUAAUUAAGUAAUAAAAUCUUAAAUGCGUUUGCGGGUUCCAUAGUUUAAAUGCAAAACAUUUUCUAUCGAAUUUGGACAAAAUUUUACUUCUCCAAGCAUAUUUUAUAAGUUGGUCGACUAUAACUGUUUGUAGUGCAAGAUCCGGCAUAAGAAAUAUAUAACCUCAUCUGUUAUUUAAUUGGGGUAAGAAAUAAAUGAUAGAUGAUAUUCACAUUGACACAUUGCACAUAGGUUGCCUAGUUAAAUUGCGGCCAAACAGUAUUAAAUGGUAAUUUUUUUAAUUUAUUUAAUCUUCUUCCCGCAUUGGUUAAUAAAAACAAUCCCUACAUUAAUGGAAUAUACCCAAAAGACUUGAAAAAGUAAAAGUUGAUUGUUCUCACUGCAGUUGUGGGGGUGCCAGAUAUAUUAAUAAUAAUAAUAAUAAAUAAUAAUUUAUUAUUAUUAUUUAUCCUUUAUUCAGCUAAAAAAAGAACAAAUUAAAAAAACAAGAAGAAAUUACAAACUACUUAAAGAUAUAUAUAUAACAGAGCUUACAAGCUACUUAAAGAUACCUACUUAAAUUACAAAGUUACGCUGUCUGUACAUUUGUAUAACAAUUUAAUAAAGAAAUUCAGCUGAAUGGGGCGCUGCCUCAGCUCGAUACUACAGUUGAGAGCUGUAGUGCUGAUUUUCAUGCAUGACCCCAGGGUGAGCUCACGGACCGAUCGGAAAUACAUUUGCUGCGUCGCUAACAAUAAUUAUUAUAUAAACAGUUAAGUAAUGUUAUUUGUAUACCCUCAUCAGUUAUUUAGUCGUCUAAUAUGGCAAGUCAAAGCUUAUUUUAUGCUUAAUUUAACUUUAUUAGGUUGCCUUUGAUCUAGUUCAUGGUUUCCUACAUUUUGUAUAAAAAAUGUGUUUGGCCGCAAUUUAACUAUAGUCUGGCAAGUUCGUUAAUAACACUCCUAUGAUAUGCGGGUGAAAGGGAAAAGACUGCGCGGGUGUGAAAUCGUGCGUGCGGGAAAGUGAUGUGCAUCAUUGGUUUUCGUUCCUCGCUACACGCCCACGCGGAACAUCGGGAGUGUUACGAACGAAGUUGCCUAGCUAUAGGCAACGUAUUUACAAUGUGUCAUUUCGAACAUUAUCUACCAUUUAUUUAAUAGCACUAAUGAAUAACAGAUGAGGGUAUAUAUUUCUAAUGCCGGAUCUUAGACCAUUACUUACGGUAGGUAUACCCAUGUUAAAUUACAUAAUAGUCUCAGAGCUAAACUGAAGCAGACAGACAGAGGACAUAAACUACAUUGAUUAAUUGUCUAUAAAAAGUCGGAUGGUUAGGUUUAUAACUUGAUUGUAAAAUAUUUUAAUUAUAUAUUCAUGCACAAGUCUAUUAUGAUCAAAAGAAAAUAUAACUAAAGGUAAGUCAAAAGUUCAAAACAUUUGAUAACCUAUACAGACAUACAUCUUUAUAAGUUUUAUUAAAAUGUAAUAUAUCAUAAUUAAUUAUUGUUAAAGGAUAAAUGAUUUAUGGAUAUCUAUGAAUAUAUUACCGAAAAAUAUUUUCUUAAAAAUAAAAUAUAUUGAAUGUGAUUUAAUUUCAUUUAUUUUAUUAUAAUUUGUUGCUUUAA